AUGGUCCCGUCAUCCCCAGUAGACCACGGCUUCACUGACGUCAACCUCACAUUGGAUAAUUUUGAUGAAAUCCUCCAUGCCGUCUUCAACGCCGACGACCUACACGUUCUGCCAGAACUCACGGGCGAGUCACCAGUCUCUGCUCAAUCCGCGUCCGACACCAGUGUUCGAAGCAUCAACAAGGACGAAGGGAGCGCCCAACAACAAAUCCGUCUAGCGAGGGAGGCGAGGCUCGAAGCAUCCCCAUCGCGCGCAAGCGCCUUCGCGUUGACUAAGAGGUUUCCUCUUACCAGGACCAGUCCAAAAGUGGAUGAGCCUGCGUUCUUUAAAGCGUGCAUUCGAGAGCUACAGGCGAACUAUGCGCGCGCGGAGGAAGUGCUGAAGAGUUGCAGCUUCAAUGAGGUGGAGACGAACACAAACUUGAGAUCAGAGCAGAGACGCGAGUCGGAUGGAGAACUCAAAUACCUCCAGCGAUUGACCAAAGAGGUGCAGCCUUAUUCGCUGUACGAAACUGAUCUUUACCACGCUGCGAAGACCAAUUUUAAGCGUUAUGAGGACGUCAAGGACCCAGAAAGCACUUACGCCGUAGCGUUUAGCGACAAGUUCAAGCUCAGUACCGGCGAAGUGGUGCAAGUGCGGCAGCGACUGGUCUUCUGUCGCUUCUUCGAGGAAGAACGCAUUGCAUUCACGUGGAAACUUGUUUCGGAGGGCCAAGGAUUAUUUAGCGGGAUGCGUCAAGACGAGACGGGCUGGACGUGGUUGUACCCUUCGACGGAGACGGCAGAGCCCGGUACCGUUGUGGCAACGUGUCGUCGACGAGCACCGAUGUACUACGCAUCUUCUGUCAGUGAGGCUACACGGUGUGAAUUUGGUGAGAUGUUACAGGAAAAUGACCGGGAAGCUUGGGCGAAAAUGGUUACCUCGUUAGAUAAGUUGAUGCUGGACUGCGCGAUGGCUAGUGCUGCUUUUUAA